AUGCUUCGGCGGCAGCCUGGUGGUGGCCCGGUGGCUGGGCGGAGCGGCGACCGGGCGUGGGCGGCGGGCCGGGAGCUGAGCGGUGGGGCCAGGUGGAGCGAGGACCAGGCUGGGUGGCGAGCCGGGCGAAGGAGGCUGCACAGGCAGCGGCUGGUGGCAGAGGAUCAGGCGGCGGGGGUCGCAGGCAACGACUGUGGGGCCGGCGAGGGCUGGGAGGUGGCAGCCAAGGAGCGGGGGGCCGCAGGUGGUGACCGUGGGGCCAGCGGGGGCCGGGAGGUGGCAGCCAGGGAGCGGGGGGCCGUAGGCGGCGACAGCGGCAAUAGGGUCGCCGGAAGGGGGCCGGCGGGGGCCAGUGCCAGAAAGUGCAGGUAG